AUGUCUGACAGACAAAAGGGUCUACUUGAAGCCUUGGAAUUGCAAGUCCCAUUUGCUGAGAAGAGGUUUUGUGUGAGGCAUAUAUGGGCCAAUUUCAAGCUUCAAUUCAGUGGAUCAACCUUCAAAGAGCUCUUCUGGAAUGCUGCUAGGGCUACAACAGUGGUGUAUCUAGAUAAAAUUCCUGCUAAGCGGUCUAUGCAUGCUUUUUCUAGUGACUGCAAAUCAAAUAUGUUGUUGAACAAUGUCUGUGAGACAUUCAAUGCUGUUAUAAGAGAUGCAAGGGAUAAGCCAAUACUCACUCAAAUGGAGUGGAUGAGAAGAUAUAUGAUGAAGAGGCACAAUGAGAAAUGGGUGGCAGCUAAUAAGAUGGAUGGGAAGCUCAUGCCAUAUGUGACUAAUCUGUUUGAGAGGAUUGAGAAGGCUACAAGGCACUGUAUAGUGCAGGUUUCAAGGGGAGACUCCUAUGAGGUUGAGCUCAAUGGUGAUACAGUUCUGGUUGACUUAGGUAACAUGACUUGCACAUGUUACCAUUGGCAGUUGACUGGUAUUCCAUGUGUGCAUGGAUAUGCAUGCAUUUUGGACAAGAGGGUGGACCCAGAAGACUAUGUGGAUGGGUAUUACACAAGGCAGAAAUAUUUGUAUGCAUAUGAGGAACCUGUGAAGCCUAUGCCUGGACCCAAGCAUUGGGAGAAGCAUCAUCAUCUAAGACAGCCCUGCCUCCAGCAGUAA